UCUCCAUAAACAAGGAGAGUUUUGUUGGGUUUUUUUCAUGUUUUAGAUGGAAAUUUUUGUCGCAAAUUCUACUGUUUUUUUAAAGUGGGAGUUUCCUCUCCCCCCUGCUAUCAAACCCUAGAACCAAACCAAAACAGAGAAGAAUCAAGGAAAUCAACAAUAAGGCAUGCAAUGCAGUUAACAGGAUCAGCAGCUCCAUAUCUAAAUUUCCGUCUUGUUUUAUUAAUCUUCCCUUGUUUUUCAUUCUUACUUUUUUUAUCUCUUUCUUCCUCUAAUAAUAACAUCUUUUCAACUUUUACCCCUCUCACAAACUUUCUUUCAAACCUCUCAUCACCAUCAUUAACUUAUUCCGAUAGUACUAGUGAAUCGGUGUCGGAUUCAACUCUGUUGAGAAAUGAAGAUAUGAAAAAGAAAGAGUUGUUAUUGCGGUCAAGAAUUGCUGUGUGCUUAGUUGGUGGAGCAAGAAAAUUCGAACUCACUGGACCGUCAAUAGCAGAGAAUAUAUUGAACGUUUACCCUAAUGCAGAUCUUUUCUUAAAUUCUCCAUUAGAUAAAGACUCGUUCAAGUUUUCAAUUUUCAAAGACAUUGCUCCAAGAAUCGCUUCGAUUCGCAUUUUUAAGCCGACUAAGUUAAACGAGACUGAGUCUCAACGGCGUGUCCUCACUGCAUACGGUUCUCCUAACGGCAUACAGGGUUUGCUUCAAUACUUCAGCCUUGUAGAAGGUUGCUUGACAUUGAUCAACGCCUUCCAAAUACAGAAUAACUUUACCUACGACUGGAUCGUCCGAACCCGAGUAGAUGGUUACUGGAACGCCCCACUUGCCCCAGAUAACUUCUUGCCAACUCAUUACCUAGUCCCAGCAGGUUCAAGGUAUAAUGGAUGCAACGACAGACUCGGAAUCGGUAAUCUCUACACUUCACAAAUCGCACUAUCUCGGCUCUCUUUGAUACCACAACUAGACGCAGCAGGGUUUCGUCAACUCAACUCUGAGGCUUCUUUCAAAGCUCAACUCACUACACAAGGUGUAAAGUUCUUGGAAAACCGUCUUCCUUUUUGCAUAGUAAGUGCUCGCAGGCUCGGGUUUCCACCGAAUGGUCUCCCUGUUGCAUCGAUGUCGAGUCCAGGUCCACUCAGUGGGGCAUAUUGUAGACCAUGUACACCUAUUUGUGUUGGUCCAUGCGCCGAUGAUAUGAUGGCGAUUCUACCAAGUUGGAGCAGGAUUGACGGGGAAAACGGAACACUUCAGUUCUGUGAUGCUCAUGGUGAGUGGGAAUCCGGUUGGGAGAAUAAUUUCGACCGAUUUGCAGGAGAGAAGCUCGCGCAGCUUAGGAAACGAGUUAUCGAGUCGAAAUUCGAAAAAUGUGUGAACGAUUUUGAUGAGAUGAAGAAACGGACUGUUAAUUGGGAUGCCCCAGCUGCUAAACAGAUUUGUGGAAUUGCUUCGAGACGUUAGUAAAGAAAACGCGCAAGUUGUAGUUGUUGGCAAGUAAGAGUUCUCUUCAUCGUUUUCUUUUUUCUCGCUUUAACAAUCGGGGUUAUCGAUGACUCUACGUAAGUAGUAUUAGUAUUUAAUUUCUGAGUUAUACAUACAUUAUAUGAUGAUGUUCUUAGGGUCGUCGACUCGU